GUUUUGUCGGGGGCUCCUUCAGCCCAACAAUUCCCAGUGAAAGGACUAAAACUUUUACCUUUCCUGCCCACGGGGAGAUCAUGGCUCGGGGCCCCAGCGUUAGAGGGCCACUUCUGGUGCUGCUCCUGCAGCUUGUCCUUAUUUGCUCCGCUCAAAGGAGUGACGGACCUUCUGGCCCUCCUGGACCUGCAGGUGUACCGGGAAUUGAUGGCAUUGCUGGGGAGAGGGGAGCAGAUGGCGAAGAUGGUCCUCCUGGACCUGAUGGAGAUGCAGGCAAACCUGGCUCUUCAGGAUUACCUGGAAUUCCUGGGAAUGAUGGUUUGACUGGCCCUAUUGGAGAUCCAGGGCCUGACGGUCCACUCGGACAGAAAGGUGAACCUGGAAGAGCUGGACCUCGUGGGACAGCUGGUGUUGGGCCAGAUGGACCCCCCGGACCACCCGGGCCUGGAGGACUUCCGGGUGAAAUGGGAAAAGUUGGAACACUUGGGGCCAUUGGUGUGAGAGGACCACAGGGACCUCGUGGACCAGCAGGGGCCAGAGGUGCAGCAGGGAUGCUUGGCAGCACCGAACUGUGUCCAAACGCUUGUCCACCUGGGACCUCUGGACAUCCUGGUCUCCCUGGCAUGAAGGGCCACAAAGGUGUAAAAGGUGAAGCAGGAGAACCUGGUAAACAAGGACACAAGGGUGAGGAGGGAGACCAGGGAAGUCCGGGAGAGGUCGGAUCCCAAGGGCCAAUGGGCCCUCAGGGACUUCGUGGAGCCAUGGGAAUGAUGGGCCCCAAGGGAGAGAUGGGAGCUCGAGGUCUUGAUGGAGGUCCCGGUCCCCAGGGUGUCGCAGGAGCAGCUGGAGAUCAAGGCCAGAGAGGUGUGAUGGGCGAGCUGGGGCCUAGAGGUGAAACGGGUAUUCUAGGGGCAAGAGGAAUCACAGGCCUGCCAGGUCCCAAGGGAGAGGCUGGUUUACCGGGUGUGGAUGGUCGUGAGGGGAUUCCUGGGAUGCCAGGAGCAAAGGGAGGCAUUGGGAAACCAGGCGUUCCUGGAGAGAUUGGACUUCAGGGGCUUCCUGGUUUACCUGGUUCACCUGGACAAAAAGGCUUGAGUGGCCCUAAGGGAGAUGCUGGUCAGCCAGGCCUCCCUGGGACAAUGGGACCUGCCGGUAAAACGGGUGAGCGUGGAGAACAGGGAGAGUUGGGACCUGUUGGACCCAUUGGUGAGCCUGGAAGUAUAGGAGAGCUAGGCCCUGCAGGUCCGGCUGGCAAGCCAGGUGCCAGGGGACCCAAAGGUGACCCCGGCCUUCCUGGUCUCCCUGGUCCUCCUGGUCUUCCUGGGGUGAAAGGAGAGCGGGGAGAACGUGGAGAGGCAGGACCCAAAGGAGAGCAGGGAGAACAAGGUGAUGAGGGAAACCCUGGCGACAAAGGGGAUGUUGGUGAAACAGGAGAGGCUGGAGCUAAAGGAGAGGUCGGUAACCCCGGCGAGCCUGGCAGAAGAGGUCCUGAGGGAAGUCGAGGCCAGCCCGGCAUCGAGGGGCCGCCUGGCACACCCGGACCCCGGGGCAUGCAGGGGAACAGGGGUUCACCUGGAGUCAGAGGGUCCCAGGGACCUGCGGGUAAAGAGCCGAGUGAUCAGCACAUCAAACAAGUUUGCAUGCGAGUCAUGCAAGAACAGCUGGCCCAGUUAGCAGCUAGUUUAAGGAGGCCAGAGUCUGGCGUAGCUGGUUUACCUGGAAAACCUGGACCUCCAGGGCCACCAGGGCCUCCAGGAGACAAUGGCUUCCCUGGGCAGGGUGGAGCAAGAGGCCUUCCGGGACUCAAAGGGCCACCAGGACGUUUAGGAGUGAAAGGACCUAAAGGUGAAAUGGGAGACAGAGGCUCCAGAGGGCCCACUGCACGAGGACCUAAAGGUCAGCCAGGACCUCCUGGACUUCCUGGUGAGCCAGGCAAACCUGGCUACGGUCAGGACGGUCGGGACGGGCAGCGGGGACCUCCUGGCGUUCCUGGACAGCCCGGUGUACCUGGGCCCCCUGGUUCAGCUGGUCCUAAUGGUUACUGUGACCCAUCAGCCUGCAACCUCCAACCAGGGGCCGCCCACCAGUCUCUGGAUGUGAAGGGACCUGCAGGGAACUAAGAGCCACUCUGGCAGAGACAGAAAGACUGGUGGAUUAUCUUCCCUGAGCACACAUUUUUCACACCUUCUUCCCCUGGGCUGUGGUUGGUGUGGUCCCUUUGAUCCAUUAACCUCUAGUCUUGUGUGCAUCUUUUGUGCCAGUCACAUCUUCAUCAGAAGGAGCCAGCAGUAAAAGAAAAAAAAAAAAACACACACACACAAAACAUUUUUUUGUGCUGUUAAAAUCUAGCUCCUUCUGGUGUGUUUUUCUACCUGAGAGAUGUUUUGAUAUAUUGAGGACAGUGUGAUCACAUUUCUGACAUGAAAUGAAAUGACCAUAAAUGUUUGUUUAUUCCACUCUCCUUGUACCUCUGUCUGCUUUUUCCUCUCCUGUUCUCCAUUCACACUGUUUUCUCACAUAAAAGCUCCUCCACUUUUUCACAGAGCAUUUCAGACAGUCACCCAAAGCAGACCAGGAUCAGGUUUUUGUUUGGUUUAAGGGCCUUUUUUCAGUUAUUUUGUUCUGGAUGUGCUUAUGUACCAGCAAUCCGCCUGCUGAGUGCCUGCAUGUCUGACCAUCUUCUCAGCCCAGCAGUUCAAAAUAAAA